GCGCCCUCCCCCGUCGCUCGCUCGCUCGCUCGCUGGCCGGAGCGCCUUCGGCCUCCGUCACGUCAUUCAUGCUGCGCGGCGCUGCUCGUCCGCUGCUGCGCGUUCACUACUUCUGUGCAGAUUGCCCAUUUGGCUGCUAUGCCUUCACUCCCCGUCUCUGUCUCUGCAUCUGCCUCUGUCUCUGUCUCUGUCUCGCUUCUCAUCUUCUUCAUCUUCUUCUCAUCGUCGUCGUCGUCGUCGUUCUUCGGUCGAGCUUGCGAGCGAGCUCGCUUCUCUGUUCUUCGCCUGUGUGUGCCUUCGGCUGCUCCGCUUUGAAGCAGCAGUGGUGGGGGCUCGGGCCAUUCUUUCGUUUUGCGUCGUCCGCCGGCGGGCCUGGCGGAGUUUUGUUCUCGCCUCUUGUAUAGGACGUGCUGGCGUCGCUGCUGCACUCGUUCGGCCGUGCAGGCGCAGCAGCCGCAUUGCGACCUCGCGCCAUGCGUGGUUGACAUUUUCGGGCGUUAGAAAUGAGGCAGUGGCAGGAAUUGUGCCGCGGAUUUGUGGAGCGCAUUGGUCGUCCGAUCUGUUGCCCCAUCGCAGCGACGGCGGCUUUUCUUGACUGAUAUUUCGGUUCUGCUCAGUCCCAAUCGUCUGUUGCUCCCGCGGAGAGAGUGGUAUCGAGUUUUUCCCGAGGACCGAGAUUGACGCUCUGAUCGAACCCUAGAGACAGCGAGAGGUUGGCCGAACGAGAGGCCGAGCAAUAGAGAGAUUGAAGACUUCGAUGUGUGCACCUUUUUACCUGGCCUGGCCAUUAUCGGCUCGGUGCUAGCCGGAGGUGGACAUCGCGCUGCUGCCUAUAGAAUUUUCGGCAGUGAGGACAUGAUCUCAUUUGCCGGAGGCCCAUGAAGAGGCGAUUGAGUUGUACCAGAUAGGACAUCAAAAGCUAGGCAUUGAGGAGCAAGCUGAGGUAUGGGAGCGAGAGCAGGAGGUGCGUGGAGAGUGAAGAGUAGGAGGAGGAGGAGCCGGGGGAGGGAGGCCAAGGGGAUACUGGGUUUAGGGAGGGAGGAAUCGGACGUGUGAGAGAGGGAGUAAAGAUAGAAGACGAGCACGAGGAGAGGACUUGAAGGAGGAUGCACAAAAGAGAGGAAAGUGAUGCUGGGGCCGGAGUUAGCUCGGGCUACCGUCGGCCCCCAUUGGUGAUAGCGCUCAGCAACGGUGCUUGGCACGAAGAAUACCUUUCCACGCCUCACAAGCGGGUCAACAACUUAGAUCGAUUCCCAUCUUUCAAAGAAUCUCCUAAGGCGAGAGACAGGGACUCAUUGUCACUGGACCGGUUUCCUUCAAUCAAGAGUAGUGAUCACCCUUCUCCCAAGGCAAGGGAGCCUUCGUCAUUUUCCAAUUUGAGGCCUGAUUCAACAAUGACGGUUUCCAAGCUCUGCAGGUCGCCAUCGUCGCUAUCUCGAUCGCCCACCAUAAAGUCCAAUAUAGAUAGCCUGACGAACCUAUCAGAGGCCGGCCGCAGUUAUGACAAGAACAUCGACUUGGUGAAAGAAGCUAGCAGGAAUCGGGCGAUUCUCAUGGGAGACAUGUCUUUCUCUAGCCCCAAGCAUGCGCAUCCGGUGGAGAGGAGGUUUGAAUUGCAGGUCAUACUACCACCUCUGGUUGUGGUCACCGUUCCCUUCGUUUGGUGGUAUGUCAAAGGCAGUCCUUACUACCGAUUGACGGGAUUUCAUACGGAGGAGAUUGCGUUAUGGUUCUGGUUCGACUUUCUGGCGCUGCUCAUAUUCUUCACCGCGCUCUUGGUUUCGGCCCGCCUUAUUUUCCCUCAGCUGUCUCUAAGUUCCAGUGCUCCUCCGCUUUGCAUUGUGAAAGCCAUUCUGGGCCAGAGCUGGGGUAGCUUGAGCUCGAGCUGGCUCAAGCCUCUGGCAACUCUUCUAACCGAGGACAAGGAUCGGAGGAAAAGUUCUUUGCCUGUGACACAGAAGAACAAUCACGCUGUUACGUGGACGAUCGGGUCGAGUAAUAACAAACCCACCAAAGAACAAUUCGAAAAGGAGAAAUUGUAUGGGGAAGGGGUGCAGACCUAUAGCAACGGAGAUGUCUACGAGGGAGAGUUCCACCAAGGACGUUGCUCUGGGAGUGGGGUUUACUACUUUUACAUGAGCGGCAGGUAUGAGGGCGAAUGGGUGGACGGCAAGUACGAUGGCUAUGGAGUCGAAACGUGGGCGCGUGGCAGUCGAUACAGGGGACAGUACCGACAGGGCCUACGAGAUGGUUACGGAGUGUACCGGUUCUACACUGGUGAUGUGUAUUCCGGUGAGUGGUCGAAUGGCCAAAGCCACGGUUGUGGUACUCAAACCUGUGAGGACGGCAGUCGCUACAGGGGCGAAUUCAAGUGGGGCGUGAAGCACGGUCACGGAUUUUACCACUUCCGAAACGGAGAUACCUACGCCGGGGAGUAUUUUGCCGAUAAGAUGCAUGGUUACGGGGUCUAUCAAUUUGCAAAUGGUCAUCGAUAUGAGGGUUCCUGGCACGAGGGAAGAAAGCAAGGUUUGGGGAUAUAUACUUUCCGCAACGGCGAGACUCAUGCUGGACACUGGCAUCAUGGAGUUUUAGAGACGCGCAGCUCUCAAAAUCCAGCCCCAAAUUCUCCAACUGCUGUGUAUCAUUCGAAGGUUCUGAAUGCCGUGCAGGAAGCGAGGCGUGCUGCUAGCAAGGCCAUGGACGUCCCUCGCGUCGAAGAUAGGGUGAAUAAGGCUGUGGCAGCGGCUAACCGAUGUGCCAAUGCCGCUCGAGUAUCUGCGGUGAAGGCUGUUCAAAAGCGCAACUCAACACCGCCAUCCGAGGAUAUUGUGUGAAGAUUGUGUGCCACGCCACUAGAUUGUUAUUUUACAUGUACCAUACAACGUAUUUUCGAGUGAUAGCACUCCUUGGUGGAGCAGAACACAAUGGCUGCUCUCUAGGGAAAGGAAACUCAAACGACGUUACCCACUCUCCAUCCGCCUGCUGCAGAAAGUGAUGCUUGGGGUGCCGUUCAGCUUGUUGAACGUGCACCUCAAGUGAUUCAGCGACAUGAGCGACAAUUGUGAACACCUGCCUUCUGGAAGAGAAGAAAGCAGAAGAAGAGAUGUUGAGUUCACUGAAAGACAUCAACUGGUAGUUGUUCGAAAGAGUCUUUCCUGACCCCAAGAGAAGCGAUAGGAUCGGAUCGCCAGGGCAUUGAAAGCAAUGCUGACUGUACGAGACUUGCAGAUUCAGUAGGAGAGGAAGGACACAAUCACGGCUUGUCAAUCACAGCAAAUGAGAGGUUAGAAAAGUGGACACAACCACUUGUCAACGAAAGGAGCAAACGAGAGGUCAGUUGAAGCAGCGGAAAACCACUUGAGUGAGAGCACAAGUGGAAGCAUGUCAUCUGUGUUCAGUAAUGCCGAAGGUACUACUGAACUGAGACUGGGCGAGUAGCGAGGUUGAAGAGAAGGAAACAAUGACAUCGGAGGAACAAAAGAGGAUGACUUUUGCGAAUGUAUUGUGGCCUUGAUUUUGCCGGAUGAUGUUGAUCGUGCCUGCCAUCACCCCGAUGGCAUCUGAAGCAGCAGGGAUAAAACAGCAACUUUGAAGCAGCUUAGCAAGCUAGCUUGUUUGUACACUUUUAAGAGAUGAUGAUGAUAGGAAAGGGUUCAUCGUCCUUUUGUACUGUAUAUACAAGUCCCCUCUUGCCUGGGGGAAAGGACAAUUUCACUGUCCCCCCGCCCAAAUCCCCUUCCCAUCUUUUACCUUUCCUUUUCUUUCCCUUCCCUUCCGUUCCGAAAUGCUUGGAAGGACCGGUAGCCUUUGUGAUAUACAAAAGAGAAGAGGAAAAAGCUGCUUGGCUUUUUUUUUUAGCGUAUAACACAUCAACAAAUACGAACCCAACUAAGACCCGAAUGGCCCUCACACUUCAAACUUCUUACUGAGAUCCCGUAUAUUGUAGUACAGCUAAGUAGUAUAGUCAAAUCUAGGAAUUCUUUUCCUACGGUAACCUUCUGGACUGCACUUCAUUGAUGCAAUGGGCGAUCGCUGUUCGAUUCGACGAUUGCACAAGAAAUAUCAAUCUAUAUCUACUUAUAGAUAAUUAUGAUUUCAAACUCUCGUUACAGAUGUUUUAA